AUGCAUUCCUACUUACCUACUUAUCUAUCUAUCUAUCUAUCUAUCUAUCUAUCUAUCUAUCUAUCUAUCUAUCUAUCUAUCUCACUCUCGACAGCUGAACAAAUGGACAUAUUUUUUCGCCCAAAUACACAUUUAUUAAUAGAGAAACACAAGUACGUGUUUUUAUCUAUCUAUACGCUGGGUAUCUAUCUAUCUAUCUAUCUAUCUAUCUAUCUAUCUAUCUAUCUAUCUAUCUAUCUAUUAAAAAGAACCGACAAUUUCUAUACACUUGCAGACAAACAAACAUAUACACACAUAUGCAUCUAUCUAUCUAUCUAUCUAUCUAUCUAUCUAUCUAUCUAUCUAUCUAUCUAUCUUAACUUGUUCAUUAUCUAUCUUAACUUGUUCAUUAUCUAUCUUAACUUGUUCAUUAUCUAUCUAUCUAUCUAUCUAUCUAUCUAUCUAUCUAUCUAUCUAUCUAUCUUAACUUGUUCAUUAUCUAUCUAUCUAUCUAUCUAUCUAUCUAUCUAUCUAUCUAUCUAUCUUAACUUGUUCAUUAUCUAUCUAUCUAUCUUAACUUGUUCAUUAUCUAUCUAUCUAUCUUAUCUAUCUAUGUAUCUAUUAUCUAUCUAUCUUAACUUGUUCAUUAUCUAUCUAUCUAUCUAUCUUAACUUGUUCAUUAUCAUCUAUCUAUCUAUCUAUCUAUCUAUCUAUCUAUCUAUCUAUAUAUAUAUAUAUAUAUAUAUAUAUAUAUAA